AAAUUUUAAAAGAACUGAAAAAAUAGAAAGUGUGAAAAAUUGAUAGAAAUUGUUAUAAAUAAAAAAAAAAACGGAAGAACUUGUAUGUGCAGAAGAAUAUACUGUUGCACAGUUGCGCGCCUGGUUGCGUAAAUUAUCGUUGCCAACCAGCGGCACCAAAAGUGCACUAGCUAUACGCAUCAGUUCCGUGCCACAAAAUGAACGAGGCGUAUGUCCUACUGGGUGUGACGAAAAUAUUGUGGAAACACAAGCUGACACACAAACGUCUGACCAAUCACAGGCGAUGCUGAGUGUAGCAGCAGUAAAUUCGCAAAUCGUAGACAACAACAACAUUAACGAGAAUGGUAAUGACGGCCAAAGCGAAGAGCGCGGCAAAAGCAACAACGAACUCGAUUUGAAUGGGCAUAGCAACAACAACAGUGGUGGCAUUAACGAACAACGUAGCAGCGUUGACAAUGCAGAUAGUGAGCGAGAGGUACAGUUCCUACGACGCGAAAUUGAUAUUUUAAAACGCGAAACCGAACUUCUUCAAAGAAUGGCAGAAGUCGAGAGCAGAGCAGUCAGCGUAUCAGCGCAGCUUCAGGCGGAAAUUGGCGAGUCGAAAAUUUCGAAGGAAAUGCUUUCGAGCAUUUUGCCAGAAUUUGAUGGAAACAUUAAUAGUGACGUGUGGAUGACCCAGUGGGAAAAUGUUUGCAACGUAUAUGCACUAAGUGAAAAUAAUAAACGAAUGCUAUUACUUAGCAAACUUAAGGGUAAAGCACUACAGUGGAUACAUUCAAAACCUAAUUUUGCUAUUGUCAGCGUUGACUUACUUAUUAUGGAAAUGAAGGAUAUUUUUCGGAGCAAAGAAAGCAAGUUACAGUUAAAAAGAAAGUUCGAGGCAAGGAAAUGGAAGACUGGAGAAGCUUUUAUUGAUUAUUUCACGACAAAGUUUUGUUGUCAGAACCAAUGCAGCUAACUGAAGAUGAGUUGAUAGAAUAUACUAUUGAAGGAAUGCAAUGUUAUUCCACAAAGGCACAAUUUUUGCAAGCGUUUACGAAAAUAAAAAUGAAGGGCGAAAAAUUUCCGAUUGGCGUUACACAGCGUGAAACUAGGUGUUACAAUUGCAACUCGCGUGGUCAUCUGGCAGCUGAAUGUAAGAAGCCUAAGAGGGAGAAAGGGGCCUGUUAUGCAUGCGGAAGUAUGAACCAUCGUGUUUUUGAGUGUCCAGACCGGAAGAAGAGCGUUCAGUUGGUAGAUGAAUAUGUAAGAUAUUUCAAUUUUAUAAUUACAAGUUGUAAGCCAAUAU